AUGUCUCCCGAAAGCGUUUCUUCUCUGUUUCCCCAGAGGCCGAUUCGCCCACUCCCGAAGCGCCGGCUGCGAGAACGGUUGUCCCCCGAAGUAGCAGAUGCUAUCGAAUAUCCACCAGCAAACCAAAACUCUAGUCCUUUGUUUUACUAUCCCAAUAUUAUCAGAGAUGAUACAUCACUGAGGACGGGGGGUAUGAAUGGCUCGAACCGAAGUGGCGCUGCGUAUGAGCACAGCUCGAGAGGCAUCACAGGGAACGGAGAGAGUGAUGAGGAGGAGCUGGCUUUGAGCAGCAGUAAAGUUGUUCGUCGAUCGCACCCCGAGAUUCUGAACCGAACUUCGGCAAUGCCACCAAAGCCGGACCAGUCUAAACAUCCUAAUCCCCAACCGCCUCCGUCCACAACAUCCUCCGCCGAUGGAUACGAAUCGUUCGAGAAUACCAACAAUAAAAAGAAACGAAAGAUACCAACCGCGGGGGACUCCGCACUCUCUGGCGCGCACUCGCUAGUAGACAUAAGCAGCAUGGGCGUCUCAGCAGCGACCUCGCCCUCGAACGAACAUGGCGAUGUGGUGGGGUCAGCAUCACCAUCAUAUUAUGGGGCUGGAGGCUUUGUAUCGAAUAAUCAAGGCAUCUCUGGCCCAGGAAGAGGUAGAUUUGGUCGAUCGAGAAAUGGUAGAAGUCCUCUUAGAGCUUUGUCUGACUCAACAAACAAUUGGGUGGGGAGAGGGGCAAAGAUUCGACCACCCCAAUGGGCGACUUCAAACGAGAACCCCGGCAUAAUAUCAAAUGCUAUUGCAAACGCCGAGAAACUCCCUUCAGCACCUGGCCAAGAGAACGUAAGUCUCUUGCAUCAACAUUCUUCCAGCGUCAAGUCCAGCCCGACCGCCACUCAAUUUACUUUCACCUGUGAUUCCCCAGUCCCUAAGCCACAGUGGCCUGGAACCGACCCAGCAGGCUCACAGGGCUCGCUUCCCGGGUACGGUGGUAAAUCUAAACACGCUUCAAUGGCGACCCAAACAUCAUCGGAAGCCGCAGGCUCAACUAGCCAGAAUGUUACAGCAACAACCGGCAAAGGAAGUGCCCAGCCUGGCGCGAAAAAGAAGAGUCGUCGCCGUGCUGAAAAGGAACUCAGAAUGGCAGCGAAGCAGCGUCGUCAAGAAGCCGAGUACAAAUACUACAACAACCCACCCAAGCCGGAGGAUAUGUGGAUUUGCGAAUUCUGCGAGUACGAGCGGAUUUUUGGCUACCCUCCGUAUGCUCUAAUUAGACAGUACGAAAUCAAGGACCAGAAGGCUCGCCGGAAGGAAGAAGAGCGAAAGCGUCUUUUGGAAAAAGCCAAGGCAAAGAGCCGAAAGGGCAAGAAAGCAGUCAAGUCCCCCGGCAAGACGGCGUCACUGCAGAAUCAGCAACAGGUCGGUCCAGCCGAUGCGCCGAUGGCCACCAUGGCAAGCAACCCGAUCCAUGACGACUACAUUAACGAUGGAUAUCCACAUGACGACUAUUCCAACGAUAUUGAGGAAGAAGAAGAGGAGGAAUUUGAGGACUCGUAUUCUCAAGAAGAUCCACCGAUGCUUCUCAGCGAUGACCCCGACCAAGAACCUGAGUGCACCGAUCCAGAUUGUGAAACCUGUCGUAAACCGACCAAACAGGUGGAUGAUCCCGGUGAUUCAAUAUCAUGA